UUUUCAAGCAGGCCAUCUCAUUAUGCAGAAAAACAACCGUUUUGCGCAUCUUUACGAGCUAAACUGGUCUGAGUAAGAAAAGCCAUGGCGGAAAAUAGCCCAGAGGUUUUGGAAGCUCAAGCCAAGAAAGAGAGAGAUGAUACGCAACUUCGCUUGUCUCUCUUUGUUUGCGCAGUUGUUGUGCUGACAUGGUUUUUGGGAGCAUAUGGUUUUUCCUUCGUCUGGUCUGGUUUUAUCAUACCGCUAAUAUUUACGGUGUGGUACCGCAAAAAUUGUCGUAUCAUUGAUGACCGUGUCCGCGAAGCCGAAAUCAAAGUUCAUCGUCGGAAAGCUUUGCGAGACGAAGAAACAGCAGAAUGGCUAAACUUUGUGUUAAAUCGAUGGUAACCACGUUUUUCUAGUUAAUUUAUGGCUGUCUCUUGUGUGCGUGCUUAUGUAUGGUAUGUUUACUGCAUGUUUUGGGGUGUCUUUUCACUAACAGCAAAGUUUAGUGUAGAAAUCUCCUUAAUUGUACACUGCUUUCAAUACCGUUUCAAGGCAUGUUACUUCUAUUUUAGUUGAAAGACGCUUUUUGGGUGGAUUUCGGUUGUCAAAUUUUAAUAACCUUGGCCGGGUAAAAAAAUCUUUGUUUACGUUGUUCCAAUCACACUAUAAAGUCCGAAAAAGCACGAGUUGUAGCGAAGACAGAAAAAUACAACAACUGUGUAUCGCGCAGAGACCACAUUUAAACUCUGUUAAAUCCCUUUGUUUUUACAACAUUGUUUUAGUUUAAGAUAAACAACUGGUCAUUUGAUGCUGAAAUUGUGUUUCAUCAAAAAUCGGUUGUUUUACACGAACGCGUCCAACCCUGUUAACAAUGGCGAAAAUUCGUGACACUCUAAAAUCAUAAUUUUGACUGAUUGUACGUGAAAUUUGUUCAUUCUCGCUCCUAAAAGUGUAUUCUAAGUACAAAAUUGUACUUCUAAGCACAACACCUAAGAUAUAAACAACGCAAUUCAUUAAUACUUAAUUUUACAUUAUUAAUUACCGAAAAUCUUGCCAGACAUUUUUGCCUUACAGAAUGUUUCUUCGUAUAUUUUGUUUCACUCCAUUUUCAUUCCUUCAGCAAUUAAAUUUACAUCUUGAUCGUAUUACGUCUUUUGUUGAUUCUACUCAGACAGGAGUCGCUCCUGACUCAGACAAAUAAGAAUAGCCCGUUUCGCCAGGUUAGAGCUUUAUUAAAACACUACACUACCCUAUCGAGUGCUCCGGAACUCCGGAUUCCACAAGCCAAAUAUUCCACGUUCCACAAUCUUGUUUUCCUUACGUGUGGCGAUCUGUAAUCCGUUUUGCCCCGAUUAGCUGACCUUGUCUCUUCGAAAAAUAAAUUUUCGUGCACAGGCACAAAACGUUAAAGAAGAAGGCAAGUGACUCGAUUUUACCGCAACCGAUCUGACUGAAAUGAACGAAACUUUCUUAAGAACUGAAAGAGAGACUAGGAAAUCACAAAAGAAGCAUUACUGUGAACAUAACAGAUAGCAAAGAACUCUAAGAGACGUAAAUCGAUGGGAGCGGAGACUCUACCGAGUUCAGAUAUAGUGUAUUAAGAGAUUACAAAUUUGAAAAACCUUUACUGUUAAGACUCUAAGGAAGAAAUGUAACAGUGAGAAGGAAAUAUGGGUGCGGACCUUCUAUUUGUAUAAUUUUUUCUUCGCUAUUUUUUUUUUCUUCUAAUAUUCGUUUUGUGUAAUAUUUAAGGUGGAAUUUCAGCGAAGUUUCCCUCUGCAAUCUAGUUCGGGCGAGUCUGAAUCCUGUGUUAGAUUACAGCAAACCGUCAUUUAUAGGUAAGAUUGAUAUUUUAUUAAGUACAUAUUUCAGAGUAUUGAUUAUGAAUUGUAUGAGCUAUUACUACACGGGUAAAUGAUGCUCUAGGCGACUUUUAAAGGUGGUUUGCAAUUACUAUAUCCUUUCAAGUUUCAAGUUCAGGAUUAUCUUCCACGCUCAAUUCUCAAAAAAGGGGAGGUAGCAGUCGGCAUCCCUUCCGGGAUUGGAAACCAAGGCACUUAAGUAGCAUAUAUACGAGUCCUCUCACCAUCCCCAGGGCCUCUGUAUCAAAACGAGGUUAAGUGCUCAGCUUUUGUUAUGGAAAUGAAUUUUCAUUGUCAUGCAAAUUAAACUCAUUUUCACAACAAAGGUUGUGUACUUGGCCUCAUUUUGAAAGUGAGGGUCUUAGGAACUCGGGGGUGGCCUACUUAGGGACUUUCACACCCUCUUGACCACUUUGUCUUCUAUUUUCAGAAUCUAUGGAACUCACCGAGUUUAAUUUUGGAAAAAAGACGCCAUUUCUGAAAUAUGUGAAAGUGUUUGAGAAUAUCGACGAAAAUGACUCGCCCAACAUUCCCGCCACGGAAGGAAACGCUUUCAAUCCACCCUUUGACAUGGCAACCAGGCAAAGGCAUCUGCUAGUUCUUGUCAUGGAUCUGUGUUUACAUGCGCCUGACAGUAAAAUUGCCAUCAAAGUCAGAUUGGGCGGGAAAAUGUGAGUACUUGUUAUGGCUAAUGGAGUUUGAUGCGUCACUGACAUUCAAUUUGGCGGGAAACGCAUGAUACACACGCCUUCUUUUCUAGUAUUAGGAAGCUUAACCAACGACGACGGCGACGGCAACGAGAACGCCAAAAGAGCAAAAUGUUUAAUAAAUUAUGAAAAACAUAAAUUUAAAUUUUGCACGUGCAGCACACUUUUUUGUAGAUUUCGUCGCCGUCAUUGCACGAUUACGACGUGAAAUUCCCCCAUGCACCGUUUUUAUAGCGAUGUUUUCCGCGGACGUCGUCGUUGUCGUUGCUAGAACUCCAUAUUGUCACGGCAAUCCUCAGUUACCGUAAAUCCUCUGUUGAGCUCUCUCGGGCCCUUUUUUGCUAAUACACAUUUUAGGGGAAAGCUUAAUGGAGAAGUGUGAGUGUUGAGGGGGAGAUGGGUUAUUCAAUUAAGUAAAGCAAAGUGCCGUUAGCAAAGAAAGAUGAAGAAUCAUAUUGGAAUGAUCACGUUCUAAUUGCUGUUUUGAGUGAAGUUAAUUACUAUCUAAAGAGUAGGGUGAUAUAAUUGCAAAUUUUACCGCAGUUUGAUCAUAGCGGGGUCAGUCAUUUGUGAUAGAUGUCAUUAAAUUCAGUCUCAAUACAAGGUUGAUCGCUAAACCAAGAGAGGCAGGGAACGGAGGAGAGAGAAUUUAAAAACUUUCUUUCGCUAAAAAGGAGGCUUGUUGGAGUAGAGGGCUUAAUUGUUUUGGCUUAAUUUGAUUUACGGUAUCAAACUCACCUUUGUCUAAGCUGCCAAAGUGCGUUUCCAUCAAGAUUGUCGCGAAAAUUAAAGAAUCUUUUGCGAUUCUCCUCAGUUAGCGAAAAUGGGCUGCUCCGAUAGCCUAUUUGAAUUUCCACAUUAAGCUCACUUCAUGAUUUCAGCCACAGAUUCUAGCCGACACCCAUGGUAACAGGGACGUCUGUUAUUGCUUUAAGCAGUAAAUCUCUUACUAUUAAUCAGAUCACGUAAAUUAUCUUGUUAUUCAGGGUUGGAGCUGAUGUUGAUGUCAGCAUCGAGGAUCUAUCAUUAUCGGGCCGAGUUCAAAUUGUCUUUGAGAUGGAUCAUCUUGUACCGUUUCCACACAUGAAGUCUGUGGCAGUUACGUUCCUUGAAAAGUAAGAACAACAAAUAUCUGGGUGAUAUCUGUUAAUUCAAGAGCCCGAGAGAGGUAUAUCAGACCAAGCCCGGCUGCCAUUUACCACCCGCCUGGGGAUCAAACUCGCGACCUCGCGCUCUGCAGUCAAACGCUUGACCAGCUCUUUUAACUAGUCAUGAAUGCCGGCUGUUUAUUGCGGCUCUGACCAAAACACAAGUCCUCAGACCUUUCUCAACCCAUUUAGGAAGGUAUUACGCGUCUUAAGACGUUUCUCGUCAUGAGUUCGAGAGAGGGUUUGUUAAAGCAAACUUACGUUAGGCUAGGGAAAAAAAUCUGCCUUGAUUAGAGUAAAGGUUUUCUCACUUGGCAUGAGUUAAGAAAGAUCUUUGUAUGGGGACCUAAUACUAUCUCCGAUUCCCAACUUGCGUCUUAAACAGUUCGACCUCCGUUCAGUGCUCUGGCGUUCGUGGCGGAAUUUCUAAAUAUUGCCAACGCAUCGAUGGUGUGUUCAUAACGUUGUGUGCGGACCGUUUUCCAUGGCUUGUGUCUUUAUUGCUGAAUAUGCCCGAUAGAGUUAUGUUUCGAUGUAUUUUUUAUCGCUUUGCAGACCGGACGUCGAUUUUGAUGUACGCCUAAUGCGUGCUGUUCAAGUGAUGGACAUUCCAAUGUUAAAAGAUUUCAUAAACGCUCUUGUUAUGGACAGUUUAACUUACGGUAAGGUGAAAAUUCGUGCUGCUGUACUUAUCCAAAUUCCAACCAACAUGUCCAAAUUCCAAUUUGAUCUGGAAAAUGUCUCCAUUGGUUGGGGAAACUAAGACGAUCACAGGUUUAUUAGUUCUUGGAACUGUAAAAUGUCACCUACUCUAAAUAAAGUUUGUUUGUGUGUGUUUUUUUUUUUCACUAAAUGUUCUUGUUUUGAUUAUUACAGCGCUGGUUGACCCUGGAAGAAUCGAGGUCCCGCUUCACGGAGUUGAUCCUGAUGAGAUGCUCAGUGCUGCUAAGAAAUCAACGUACGGUUAGUGUCAGCUUUGCGUCCUCUUUUACAAACCAUAUUUUGAGAUAUGAUCCGAGCAUCUUCCAUCCACUUACAAACACACCCUUGCUCUUAAGUAGAAUGAGAAGCGCCGAAACCAAAGCUUUAUCUAAAGUUGGGCGUUACUAAGAUAACAUUUCCCAUGUGUCUUCUCCUCCUGUUUUUAGCCGAUGGAUUGCUUACGGUUACUCUUAAGGGUGGACUGCCUGAGAAAUAUACAGGUCAGUAUAAUUAUACAAUACUAGAUUAGAGUAUUUAGGACACUAGUAGCAUACCAUGAAUAUUAUUUGAGUUUUACAAGUGAGAAGCGCUAUCCAUUAAAAAGUGUGUUGCUAUCCCCGCUGCCCCUAAUCUCUACCCCUCCCCCCAACCAAUACAAUGUUGAAACUAGCAGGUGGUAGGUAAGGGAGGAGGACUGGACAAGUGCAAUUUCAGGUCGCUCGCGAACGUUUGCUUAGCGUGUUUGAAAAAGUGUUACCAAGCCAAACUUGUCUUAAGACCUCUGUCAGACGACGACAACGACGUCAAAACACAAUUGGUUUUAACAAAAAACAACAGCUCUGUCCGUGCAUCACGCUUUCCAGUACAUUCUUUGACGUCCACUGCACGACUACGACAUGAAACCUCCUAAUGCAGCGUUUCCUGGAGCAGGUGAACACACAACGACGAAUUUUCCAUUCUCCACCUGGAUGGUCCUGGAUAAGUUCUCAAGAAUUCAACUCCAAGAAAAAAUCGCCUGCAUUUGACAAAUUGGGCGGGUCCACAUGGACGCGAUGGAGUUUGAAAGGACGCAAAUUAAUUUUUUUUAACGACGUUUUUACUGCCGUCGUCGUCGUCGUUGGUUAAGCUCCCUAUUGAUAUAGACCCACCCUUCCCCCACAGAAAAGUUCGCUCAGUGGCGUUCAUUUGAGUGUUCACGAUUUUAUGUUUAACGAUCUUGCUUAACACACUUUUAGAAACACGGCUCAAAGGUUUUGCGUCAUUCUUUCAGAUGACCAAAUAUGGACAUCUCUCCAAGUGGGUAAUCUAGACGAGAAAAACACAGAAAAGAUUCAGGGUGGAACAACUUUCGAAGAAUCAAUAUCUUUGCUUAUCUACGAUUUAGCAAAUGAUAAGGUACCUAUCUUAUUGCCGGUUGGCACGUGACGUUACGGCGGCCAUGUUAGUGGUCAAAAACAAAAGCAUUUCUCUCCUCUGGGAAAUAAACUCCAUUUUCAUGUAAAUUCUUCGAAAAAAAAAUUAUUGUAUGGACCACUAACAUAGCCGCCUUGUCACGUGGUUCCAAACCAAGAAUAUCCAUGGUCGUUAACGACAAGGUAUAUAGCUCUGUUUUUUGCUUUUUGUUGAAUGUUGAGAACUAAGUGUCUGUAAGCAUGGAAAUGACUUAUCGAUAGCGCAUUCUUUUCCCUCUGUCUCUUGUGCGCGAUUUUCUAAGAAAUUUCGCUGGAUAUGGACGUUAAAAAAAUACAAUUUCCUACUGCCUGUACUCUAAUAGACCAAAGAAAUGACGUCAAAAUCCUCCACAUUUUGCGCGAAACUUUUCGCCAGCGGUUCUUGGUUCCACUCUUGACGGUCGUUGUAAUGGUUUAUAAGAGUAUUGACAGUAGGAAAUUGUUGCCGGAGUGGUUUUCAGUUGGUGCUGUUAAACUACUGACAAGCUCAAAAUUGCUGAAUCUAAACUGUUUGUUAACUUUUUUUACCGAACAGCUGAAUGUUGAAAUCCGCGGUAAACGAACGUUUGGGACGAAAUAUUCCAUUGCAAAAUACAAGAUGUUCUUGGGUAGCCUUGGACUGGAAAAGAAGAAAAAAGUGUGAGUUACGAUCAACAGUUACUGCAGUAUUUUGUUUGUUUUUUGUAUUAGUGGUCGUUGGUCUUUUUGUUGCUGUUGCUGCCGCUGUUUCGCCCCGUGUUAAGGUGAUGUUACACGAGACGAUUCGCAGCGACGAUUUUUUUCGCUAAAAAUCGUCGUUGCGAAUCGUCCCGUGUAACAUCACCUUAAGGGAAUCCGCAUUCCGGAAUGUGGGACAUUUUUGUUUAUGGAAUCCGGAAUCCCAGGGUUUGGAAUGCCGAAUACAGCUCAAGUAAUCCAGAAUCCCACUAAAGAUUCGAAUCCGGGCUCCAAGUUCGGCUGACAAAGAAUCCGGAAUCUGGUACCUGGAAUCAGGAAUCCAUGGCGUGGAGAUUGUCUUGGAUUCCUUUACAUGGAGAGAGCUGUUUUCAAAAGCAAAGCCGAACGAAGAAUAUCAUAUAUCGGUAGCAUUUGAUAAGUAAACUGAAGUAAGGAUAUGUAUCUACCUUUGUACGCUCAUUUUUUAACGUACUAACAUGUUCAUACUCAUCGUUUGUCUGUUCACUGUUAGCGAGACUACACUCAGCAAGGAGGGUAUCCGAGGAUCUAAGCUAGAAGUGACAUUAGAAUAUACACGACUCAAAUCUUACGAAGUCAGUAGCCGAACAGAUGAGCAGGAAUUUCUUGAAAAGUACGAAAAACCCGAAGAGGAUAGUGAAGGUAAAGUAAACACUGAAUACGACAUUGGCAGAAAUGUAACGAACCACACUGGUAUAUUUUACGAGCUUUCCGCGAUGCCAUCAUGAGGGUCCGUCCCUAGUCGGUUUUACGGGAUUCAGGAUUUCCCUCGGGUCCGGGAUCUUAAAUUAAAGUGGAGAUGAGAUUCGAGAUUGAAAGUGUACACGCAAGGCGGGAUUUAAAAAUAACUAACGGGAUUACGGGAUUGUGGGAAAAUUUGGGUCGAAAAGAUAGGAUCAAAGAACCUCAUAGUGGACCCUCCAUCGUGACUUCGAUAUUAAGAUCAGACGGCUCUUUUUUAAUAGUACAAAAUUAGAGGAUUUACAAAUAUUAUUUUCUGUUUUUAUCUUUUCUAAGGGAACAAUAAGCUUGCGGGCGCCAUGCGCUCUGUAUCUUGUUGUAGUGGUUGUGCCAAGAGAGAGCGUUAGAUUCGAGGACAAGGAAGACUUCAAAAAGGAGAUUUGACUUAACGUUUUUUCGCGUUUCCUCAAAAAAAAGACUACCCUGAAAGCUUUAUUUUACAUUUUUUCUCCAGAAAAGUUAACACGGUUACUUUUAUUAAUGGAGGUUCAACCCUCCCCCGAUCGCAACAAAAUGAUAAAACUUCCAAUACUUGAUAACUUGUUUCCGCCACUACGACAUUCUCGCUAAAACUCGUGGUAGAAUGGCGACGGCUAUCACGUUUUCCCGCCAAAAUGACGGUGGUUCGCCCGCGCACACUACUGAGUGUUGAAGAAAUCCCUUUCUCGUAGUCGUCCUCGUCUUAGAGAGGUUUAACAAGUGACAAGAAUUCAAUCGCGAAACUACUACGCAGUUAAAAAAAAACUAAACUAAAAAAUAGUAACUUUAAUUUUUUUCCUUACUGUGCGUUGAUGGGUAUUCCUCCUGUUGAUUAUCAUCAACUUUGGCGUGUUUUGCAGUAGUAUCGGGUCUUCUUCUCGUGGUUGUACAUAGUGGUGAGAAACUGCUGGCCAUGGAUGACGACGGAUUCAGUGAUCCCUACUGUAUCGUCACAGCAAAUAAGGAAAAGGUACGCCAUGUAAUCUGCACAACGAUCCCUUCUGUACUUUGCCCAAUACCUAAUUCCUAGUCUCCCAGUUUAGGAACGUUUUGUGGGAGAGACGUCUCCUAUUCGGCCUCAAAUAUUCGAUACUGAUGGUGAUGAUGAACUUUAUUAAAGUGUCAGGUCUUCUAGCUGGCCUUGUAAGGUCUACUAAAUAAACGGGAGACACAAAUAACACUGAUGACGUAGAUUUGUCUGGAAUUUGAAAACGAGCGCUGUUUGGUCGAUGUUGUAAUAGUAAACAAAUAUCAAAAGUAAACGCUAAUAAUCAACUAAAAAACAGUCUUUCCCACGAAACGCCCCUAGCGGCGAGGACUACUCACAGGCUACCUAAGUCCAAUUCUGUGCGGCUAAAUAACCUGUUCAAAGCACGGAUAGUUUAACCGUUCCUAACAUAUGAAGUCCAGGACAAGGUGGGUGAUCUUACUUGCACAGUCAUUGCUGCCACAGUCAUUACUUUUAAGCUUAUAUGGAAUGGGUAACAGUUAAGGUUAAUAUGAGUACAACUGAAGUCUUUUAAACCAGACAAAUCGUUUGCACAAUUUUUUUUAAGAAGUUAUUUUUAUUGUUACAAAUGUUAAUUUUUCUUUUUUAAGGUGAAAACCACCCCUCAUGUGUCUGGAUCGGUAAACCCAGUGUGGGAUUCUGUGGUAGAAUUUCCUGUCAGAGAUUUCACAAAGGUAAUUUUUGGGUAUGGAAAUAUCAUGCAAGCGGUACGUAGCCCCCUAAAUAACCGUAAAGGGACUAUUAUCUAGGUUAUUUUAUCAUUUUGCCAUUAUGAAAGUGGGUUACGUAAAACCAGGGAAUAAAUGUGGUAUCGGUAUCAACCACUGUGUCGGGCACGACUCUCAGGUUGUAACGGUGUACAAAUAUGGCGUUAAUAUUUGACCGGUGAAUGAAUGAAAUUCAGAUGAGAGGACAGCAGACAUGUCCUCCUUCAAUUUUAUUUAAAUAUGUUAACAGUUAGCUCGGACGCCAGCAUACAACGGUGCCACUGGUUUCUGUGAUCGGCCCAUUUAUGAGCUUGCCAUAGCCCACCCAGCUCAUGAUAUGAAUGAUCUGUGCAAUGCGGCCGCCGACUACUCCAUUGAGGAAACUCCCGCUAUUCUUUUUGAACAGUAGGGUGGGUUCUUUUACGUGCCCUUCAAAUUGACUAAUGAAAGAAUGGUCCACGAGACAAGGCCAACGUCGCUGCGAUCAACUGAACUGAGAUAUGGCCUCAAAUCACAGCCGCCAUCAUGAUUUCAACAGUUUCUUAUAGACUCUGAUUGGUGAUAGCGGGAGACAGACCGGGUUCUUCCAAUUGAGCUUACCGGGCAGCGGUUAAAUGAUGAAACAUAUAGGUCGAAGGAAAGUUCCAAGGUUUGCGACAUGUUUUCACCUGAAGUUUUAACUCCAUGUAGCUGAUAUUUCUAUUGUUGUUUUAGACCACGCUGUCAUUCCUGGUGUAUGACCGUGAUGUUAAUUGGCAAGGACAGUCAGAUGACUUCAUGGGUUCCUGUAAUCUGGAGAUGACUUUGGUACCGAUUUUUUAAACUGCUUUCUAUUUCUUUACUCUUUCUAUGUACAACACCACUUUAAGUUGUAGCAUACAUCAUUAAUCAACCCGAAAUACCUGUUUCGUUUUUGUGAUUUCUCUCGGGUUGGCAUCCCAGCGAUCACCUGAAGAUAUUCGAAACUAAUUGUUAACAAGAGGCUGGGUAGAAAAGGUGUGCAAUGUUUUUGCUAAACCAAUCAGAAUCCAAAAACAAUAAAAUUGUUAUGUUGAUCUUCAGUCUCUAUCCAAAUGAAGCCGAGUAGUUGUUUUGUCGUAAUGAAGGUCUUGAACUAUCCAAACAGCAAUGAACAAAUAUAAGCGAAACUUUAGCGGAAGCAAAGUUCUUAUCAUUUCAAACUUCGUUUUUGUGUUUUAAAGGGGAUGGAUGACUUGAUCUAAGCUUAUUUCGUUUUAUAUUCACGCAGGACGAGCCCGCAAUCAUCCAACGUAAGAUCGACUUACAGUACAAAGUAUUUGGUAAGAAAAGGUCAGAGGACUCUACAAUGAAAGCAGGCGCGCUCACAGUGUCAGCGGUGUUUCAGCCUAUAGAGUCCGUGGCAAAGUCAGGUGAGAAUGGAUGGGUCUGUAAAAAUCUACCCCAUUAACAAAGAGUGUCAUCAGAGGCCUCACUUCCAGGGUGAGGCAAAGUAAGCAUUACAAAUGAAAUAGACAUUUCGACAGCGUAUUUUGACGUGAAUGAAGUAAUUACGAAGAAACCUUGGCGGCUCAUUGAACAUUAAUAGCUCUACCACAUAUAGAAGUAUUCUGUGAUCUAUACCUGAACAGACACUCGGCAACAUGGAAUUUAUUUGUUUCAAACAAUAGCCACUCAACUUUGUGAAGAUUUGUUCUAAUUUUGACAGUUUCCAUACAAUGAAACACCUUUCCUAUGCUCCGUUUCGUCCUUUUCUUACUUGUGAACAACUUUUGCUAAACUGCUGAACAAGGCAGUGACCUCUCUAUGACAUGGUUCGUAUCUCUUUACUCUAUCCAACACUUUGUAUAAAUGAUCAUGAACAAUUUCGUUUAUUGCUUUUACCCGUUUCAUUUUCCAGAGAAAGAGGCGCAACCCAGUGGGGUAAUGGAUGGUGAAGAUAUCGACGAAAUAAACGUAUGUUUAGUCCAUACCAAAGCUCCUGAAACACGUUUAAAAACUCUUUGGUUAUAAGAACUGAUUUCCGAGUUUCAAAAACUCGCAUUAUAAAUUGAGGCCAACUGCUAAACCUUUCAUACACACAUUUAUAUGCAUGACAAUUAUUGACUUUGAAGACUCUCCGCUCACCCUAGUUUUGAAAAAGAGGCUUAGUUGCAACUCGGAAAUGGUCAAUUAAUAAUUUGUAUCAACGUCACGUUUUUUGUUGAAUUGCUGAUCGCCCAUGGUUUGAAUUAUAGAUGCAUGUCAACAGAACUAAAAGGAUAGAGGUUUAUUCAAGUGUUGCAAUAGUUUGUUAGUCUAAGGCCAGUGUUGCACAUUGUAUUAGAUGUAGUUUCCUGGCGAUUUUUUAACUAAUCAUAGAUCGUUCCACUCACGGUCGUAUUAUAUUUCAGGAACAUGGCAAGAAGCAUACAAUGAAGAGCAGCAUGAAAAUCAAACGACAAGUCGAAGAGUUGAGGUUAAUCAAAGGUAAAUAGCAUACAGUUUGUAAGUAUUAAUGAGGAACAGUCAUUAUUGUAAUGCAAAAUUGUUGAGACGUUUAUUUUUGCUUCCUAGAGCUUGGAGUUUUAGUGAUCACGAUUCUUCAAGGCAAAGAAAUGCCGGCCAUGGACAGUAAUGGUAAGUUCUAUGGAGAAAUCACCAGAUCCUCCAUAAGUAGUAUAAAGCGCACCGAAUCAAGCCUAUUUUGAGUUCGUAAUUCGCUCGUAAAUAUGAGCUGCAAUAAAUGUGAUGGUAGUGAAAGGAAACAAUAUAAAUGUGGAAAAGGCAAAGGAAUGAAAACAAUAAAAAUGAAGAGAACAGGAAUGAGAGUGAACAACAUUUUUUAGUUUCCUUUCUCCCUCAUUAACCUACCAUUAUGGGCCAAGAAUCAAGAAAACGGAAGAAUAAACAAUAAAUGCGACAAGAAACAAAACUUGCACAAUCACAGAAAGGUUUUGUGACCCUCAAUAACAUUUAAGUUGGCUUGCGUCUUUUUCAGGGUCCUAAUUGCACCUCAUAUUAUUGAGAAGGAGUUACACAUCCUUUCCUCUGCCGGGUAGACAAAGAGAAGUUUCUCCUCCCGCUAAAAUAUGGAUGUUUUUGCGUAUUUCCUUUCAUCUAUGCGAAAUUAACGUUCAUAGACCUUAACUUACUUCAAGUUCCAUUUUCUGCUAAAAAAAGGUUCUCGCCUCGCUCAAAAUCUUCUUUCCUGCUUUUAAGGUCUUCCUCUACGGUGAAGAUUCACUCAAACGUUCUUAAUCUGGUCUCAACAGGUCUAAGUGAUCCGUUUUGCGUGGUGCGAGUAAACAACUCAAAGAAGUUUAAGACUAACGUGGCUUACGAAACACUGACGCCCGUAUGGAACGAGUCUGUAUCCAUUGCUAUGCCUCAAGGUGAUGACAAUAUCAACCUUGUAAGUGAAAAUUCUCAUUCUUAUCAUCUAUAAUUCUGACGGUAACGAACGAAACCGUUCAAUAAAAAUCGCAAUUUUCAUUUUUUUAAGAUUCUAAGUACCGUCAGUACUAUGUCACGGUGACGCCAUCGAGGCUUUCACUUGAAUGAUCACACUAAAGAAUUUUGUUUACAGACUUCAAAGUAAGAACCACCUUGUAUAGCUAAACAGUACCACAGCAAAGUACCGCUCGGUAACUUUCAUUUGAAUGGUCUUGACCACCUCGUGCAGCGUCAUUUAAGUGCCCCUGGAGAGCUCUUAUGUGAAUAGACACACCAUAGGAUUCCGUUCCUAGAAUCAAACUUUGGAACCAAUUUGUACAGUCACGCAAGACAGUGUUGCUUGGUAGGUUUCAUCUGAAUGGUCACACCACACGAUUCCGUGACAAACAAUUAACAGAACCUCAGGAACGCUCUGCUGAGCGGCUUUUAUCUGAAUUCUGAGAACUGGACUCUAUUGACUCUGGGAAUGAAAGUGGGUAACGACAGUAAAAUUCGCCACAGGCCGAAGAUGUCUGAUUGUCCACUCCCGUGUUCUACCUUAACCGUGUUUUGCACGCACAUUUAAGAAAGUAUUUGGUUUAAUUAUGUUUUAGGAUGUAUUUGACAAAGAUGUGUUUCAGAAUGACUUCAUGGGAACUGUGUCUUUGUCGGUGGAUGAAAUAAAGGACGCUUCUAAGGUGAACUUGCUAUUUUUGCUCUAUUUAUUUGUAUUAUUAUAUUCCAAAUGGGCCAUAAAUAGACUAGUUACUACUAUAAGUCGAAUUAGUAAAAUCCAGCUGGUGGUCUAUUAUCAAUGCUGCGUUCUGAUUGGCUGAGCUACUACUAGGCUAUAUGUUAUCGCCCACUAGUAGCAAAAAGCGCCAGCUUUGAAAACCAAAACAAUGGCGGCUGAAUUGCGUUUUGCCAGCUAAAGUUGUUUUCUCUCGAUAUUUUUCACCAACUAGUUGGAUUUUACUAAAACAAUUAUUCCUCUCGCCCUCAUGGGCUCUUGACUCAGAGCCCAUUCGGGCUCGAGGAAUAAUUGUUAAAAACAUACUUCUUUAUAGAGAAACCUUGGAAAGGUUCCUCUCAUUUUAUCCGUUGGAGAAAAAUGUCUAAAUUGGGUCAGUAAUAGCGACUGCCGGUCGUUUACUUAGAUGGCAGACUAAGAUGAGGCAUAUUGCAAUUACGUGCCUGAGCUAACCUGAAGAGUGGAGAAGAGCAAACUGCACGUAAUCAAGCCUAAGCCUUAUUAAGAAAGUGCUCUUUAACUUAUGCCAAUACCAAUACGAUUCCUAAGGACUGAAAUGAUUAUACUGAGCAGCAGGGAGUAUUUUUAAGCUACAAUGAGGGACACAAGUGUUAAGACGCUUCCGUAAAAUGGCCCUUUUUUACGUAGUGGACAUACCUAUCCCCUUCCCCUGUCUACCCCAACCCCUUCCCCCCACAAAAUCUCGGGGGUUGAGGGGAUUUACGGCGUUUAAAAGGAGUGAAAUAAUAAUUGAAUUAAAUGUUUGAUAAAAGCACCCGUUUUAAACAAGAGUGUCAACUACUUUUGUCCCUGAUUGUAGGUAUAAUUUACCAUUAUGAAGCUUUAACACAUGACCCUCCAUUCUGAGGCUUAUGUAUGAACUUUAUCACAGUAACUUCCCAUAUCGCACGUCACUUCAUAUCCCUAAUAUUUAUAGUCUGAAUUUCGACGGUCUAAAACGUGCCAAAAUCCAGCUACUAAGUUGCAGGGGCAUCGUUUUCAUCCUGUGCAUUUCUUAUUUUGUUAACUAUGUGUACUUCGUCUUCAGAAAGGAAAACCUCAGUGGCUCAAGCUUCAGGAAGCUGAGUCAGGUGAAAUCCAGGUUCAGUUCAAAGUGUCAGUCCCUGGUGAACAGGUAAAGAAGUUUUGAUCAAUCCUGUCACCCUUGAUGGCAACAUAAGCACCGUAAAGUGCCGCUUAAAAGCCGCACCCCCUUUCCCCCCUCCCCCCCCCCCGCUCUCAAGAACCCCCAAGAAUUGAUCCAUUCCGCCGUCAUUCUACAUCAAAGGUGAAGAAAUUGCCAGCCACCACGAUCCCCCCGCCAAGCUGUCGCUUCACUAAUAUCACUUGCUCAUUUCUCUACCGUCUCUUUGCCGUUCUACAGUCAGUUUAGGCUCGAGUGUCACACCCCUAGGAAACGAGAAAAGAGUUUUGUAACACACGUGCCCCCCGUGGUGCCAAACUAACCCCCCAAAGUGCGCCGUUAAAACCCCCCCCCCCCCCCCCCCCCCCCCCCCCCCCCCCUAAAAGGGCCCCCCGAACACGGCCCAUCUACCUGAAAACGAAAAAAAUAAAAGCCCCCCCCCCCCCCCUGGAUAAAGAGCGCUCCUUCAAAUGUAUUGAAAAAACCCCGUAAAUAAGCCCCCUCGGAUAUAGGCCCCUCUGUAAAAACGCCCUCUUAAAAACCCUUACGAAGAUGUAUAGGCGGCAGUUACGGUAUUUCUACUCCCACUUAUAAUGUUGCUCUCUCGCUGUAUGUCUGCGCAGAGAAUCCCGAGACAAAGUUGCUUCAUACUGCGACAAUCGUGAAACAUUUCAGACAAAACAUUAUCUUUCUACGGAUGUAGUGAAUAAAAAGAGUAAAAGAUGCCUGCAAAACACAGCUUAUAACCCUUACUUGCGUGUCACCCGCCCAGUGGUUGUACCCCUCGCGCGCCCUUUGUUUUUCUUCUGUUACGUAGACCAGAGAUUUCUUCGCGUUCUUUGAAAAAAUUAUCUGACCAGUCACAAAACACAAAUUAGCCAAAGAACCCUGUGUUGAAAAUGUUGUGGCAAUGAAGUGAUUGUUUGACGCGGCAUGGUAUCAACAUCUCAAAGAAUCCUUGGACAAAUGUUGGACAACGUUGGGAAUAUUUGACCCGUCAUGGUUACAGAAUUGUCACAACAUUCAAAAACAAAUAUUGUGACAAUGCUGUCAAUGUUUCAUCCAACAUUGGCUCAAUAUCUGACAAAUACAUGUAUUUUGAGUGUUUUACCAGAUCUUUACUUAUGUUCUAGGACGAAGCAGCGGAAGGAGCAGCUCAGCCUGGAGAAAGCGGAAACGAUUCUGGAAUCAGCGAUGCUGGUGAACACACCGAAGCUGUUAAAGAUGUGUUUGAUCUUACAUUGGACAAGAUGGAAGGUAUACUCUCAAAAGCCGACUCGACCUAGAUAAUUACGAUGUUGCUAUCGUCUAUGGCAUUUUCUACCUGCUUGGACAAUCAAACUGACCCUUUUUCUCUUGCAGUCUUUCUUGUACCUUCUUUAACCCUCUCACUGCCAAAUGUGGCCAAGGGCAAAAUUCAACAAAAAUUUCCAAAUUUCGUUUUGUAAAAUUUUGAAAACAAAUAGCACCGUUUGAAAGUACAGGCAGGGAGGUUUCACUUAAAUGGUCACAUCAUAGGAUUUUGUCCGCAGACUCAAAAGUUAGAACUACCUUAAGAGACUCCAACAUUCACUCUGGCAGUGAAAGGGUUAAGUCGAACAUGAUCGUAACACAUCGUGGCUUUGAGCCGUAGCAAUUAUUCCGGGUUUUGAACCGCUUGGGCUGUGGAAUCUUAACCGAGCACCGUUUGGCCUUUUUAGUUCUCCCUCUAUUUUUCACAGAAUUAAAUCGAGAAACUGCAACAAACAUUUUAGAAACGAAGUUCAAGAGAAAUGUGAAUCUCAUUGUUUUUUUUUUUAAUGCAUUGUUUUAUUCGUUUUCAGAAUACAUUCAAAGCCAGAUUCCACCAUUAUUUUAUAGUAUAUCAGGAGAAGUCAUUCAGGGCUCGGACAUUACAGGUUAACUGUCAACUCUUUUAAAAUGUUUCUUACCGAUUCCUUCAACUCUUUACUCUCGAGAGUACCAAACAUUAAAAUUCAAGAAAAAAAAGAUUUGAUGUCAUAAAAUGCUUUUAAACAAAUAGUACCAUGUGAAAAUAUGGUUGAAAAGAUUCAUGGUUGGAAGGUCACACUUAAGAUUUCAUUCACAAACUAAGUAAUUAGAACCACCUUGGACAGCGUAAUAAACAGUGUUAAUGUUCACUAGCUUUCACGUGAACGAUCACACAAUAAGUUACUUAUCAAGAGUUGUUUUCUUGUAUCGUCAGGGUUUGGAACGUUUCAGAUUCGUGCGAGAGUUGAGAUGUAAGUAUUAUUAAUAUACAUCCAACGAACUGGAAUAGAACUUUGUUUCCAUUUGACAGUGGCUAUAAUCAUGGCAUCGCGUCUAUUAUAUGGACAUCUGUGUAAUACAAAACAGUUGGUGUCCGUAUUAAGGAGGUUGGCUGUAUCUCUCUAAAGGCCGGUUUAGACAGUACGAUUUUUGCUUACGACUAUCGUGCGCGACUAGCAUACGUCAUCACUUUUGACCAUCCACACGCGCACAAUUUUCACUUACGAUAUCCACAAUGUGUCGUAGAAUAUCGUGGGUCUAACUUACACCACCAGAUUUGUCGUGAAGUCAUGAAGCAUGCUAGUCGCGCACGAUAGUCGUAAGCAAAAAUCGUGCCGUCUAAAUCGGCUUUACUAUGAACAUUUCUGUAAUACAGCUGUCAUUUGGCUCUGCCUCCACCUCUCCCCCUUGGUGUCCGUUGUAAGUUAAUGUGCUUAUUAAGGAGGUUGGCUUUAUCUCCCUUAUAUGAUAAUCUCUGUAUUGCAGCCAGUUAGCUCUGUUCCCUUGGUGUCGGUAUUGAGAUCGAGUUGACUGUACCUCCAUAAUGCAGACAAAUGGCUCUGUUUCUUUUGUUUCGGUAAUAACGACGUUUAACUUUAAUUCAAUUUUACCCCAUUCCAAGUUGCCGUCUGUACAUUGUUCUACGGGGAGAGGGAGUGAGGGGCUUAAUCUAGAGGGGUAGCUAAAGUAGGCAAAGGCGGAUACGAGCUAAUGAGGCUCACAAGGCCUGAACGAAAGCUUGCUUUGGUAGCAUGAAGCACCUUCUUUUCUUGUCUAAAAAAACGCGACGGUAAAGCUUGAACCCCAACCGCUGUUUCGCGAGACUAACCGCUCACCCACCACGCAUGCACUCGUAUGGCUAGGUUGGCUAGUCGAAACUUUUGAAGGUCUGGAAGAGACAUAAUAGAACGCUUUAGAAACCUUAACGUUAACUGUUCUUAAUAGAGUUACCAUGUUGCUUUCCCAGCCCGCGACGUGGUCGAAAGAGCAGCAUGAAGCACGAGUACAUCACUAUGUGCACAACUCCUCAGCUGACUCCAGAGAGUGGCUUGGCCAAGUGGAAUUACAUCUUCCAGGUGAGAUUUUAAACUUAACGUAAAGGAUCUGCGGGUGGGAAGAAUCGCACUAAAUUUGUUUCUGCUUGAAAAAAGGAGCUUGGGAGGCAGACCAAAGAAUACGUAGCAUGGAAUCACAACAAAGGAGAUGGAGAAGUUAGACUGUAAGCGAAAAGCAGGCCUAGUUGCUAAUUUGAAUCUGAUUUUUCCCACUUGCCGUAACCGCCGUUCUAUUUCACUUUCUUGGCAACGGUUGCGCCUUUNUUGCUUUGGUAGCAUGAAGCACCUUCUUUUCUUGUCUAAAAAAACGCGACGGUAAAGCUUGAACCCCAACCGCUGUUUCGCGAGACUAACCGCUCACCCACCACGCAUGCACUCGUAUGGCUAGGUUGGCUAGUCGAAACUUUUGAAGGUCUGGAAGAGACAUAAUAGAACGCUUUAGAAACCUUAACGUUAACUGUUCUUAAUAGAGUUACCAUGUUGCUUUCCCAGCCCGCGACGUGGUCGAAAGAGCAGCAUGAAGCACGAGUACAUCACUAUGUGCACAACUCCUCAGCUGACUCCAGAGAGUGGCUUGGCCAAGUGGAAUUACAUCUUCCAGGUGAGAUUUUAAACUUAACGUAAAGGAUCUGCGGGUGGGAAGAAUCGCACUAAAUUUGUUUCUGCUUGAAAAAAGGAGCUUGGGAGGCAGACCAAAGAAUACGUAGCAUGGAAUCACAACAAAGGAGAUGGAGAAGUUAGACUGUAAGCGAAAAGCAGGCCUAGUUGCUAAUUUGAAUCUGAUUUUUCCCACUUGCCGUAACCGCCGUUCUAUUUCACUUUCUUGGCAACGGUUGCGCCUUUUUUGCUUCCGUUAGCGAGUGAAUUUUUUCCAGUGCGUCCCUUUCUUACUUGCACGUGUUGUCAGUGAUAAUGGUUUUAGUUUUUGUUUAUCUUCCAUGUCACUUGUAGCUGAAUCUGUAAAUAGUAACUAAUUCACAUUCGCAUAAAAGCCACCUUAUGCCUUUUGAUAAAUAAGUUAUGGGUGAAAAACUUUGCAUAAGGCAUAGGGUGGCCUGAUAGAGAAAAUUUGCCAGCGCCGCUGAACGGGAGGAGGGUGGAGAAACUUGCUUGCCCGUUGUAGAGUAGGCUUGCGAGAAGAAGGCGAAUUUGUUUGCUAGGGCGUAUAAAAGGCCUAGGGAAUUUCCCUGGAGACCGUAAAGGACCAAUAGACUGCUUUACAAGGGAGCACGCAGUAAUGUAGUUGAUUGCAUCGUCACGCGGCGGCUUUUACACGAAUGAGAAUAGUUAUUACGUACGUACAUCCUGACGUUUUUUUUUAAUCAUUUUAACUGGCAAUUUAGACUGCUGGAGGCACCGCCAUUUCAAAUGAGGCUAAUUUGGUGUUUGAACUACGAGAUGCCAAGAAAAACACCGUCGGCAAGACGAAAAUUUCAAUCCAAGAAUUCUUCAGAGGUAAGCAUGACUUCUUCCGUCACUAAGUAGAAGUACAGUGUACAGUUGUUUCAGCCAAAAGCAAUAGCUCUAUAUCAAAGCAAUCAUCAUUACAAAAGAAGCCAAAUUGGCCUAGGCCGGUUACAGUCAUUAAUUGAAUGUGCUUCCUUUUCAGACGUAUUUAUCAAGAGGUCUCGUUCACACACGGGCGGUAGCACGCAAGGUAUUUUUAAAAGCUUCUUCUUACUUUUUAUGAUUUGCAAAUGUUGAGUCUCAUGGCCUCACUGUCAAAGUCCCAAACAAGGACUGAGUUAGGGCAGAGUGAAAUACACUUAGAAGGGUGUAGAUGGAGGUCCAUGCCCUUAUUGCUACAAUAGCCCAAGAAUAAUAAAGCCAAAAGGAAAAAAACAUUGCCUCCUUUUGCUACAUAUCUUUGACGCUUUCCGAACAAAGUUUAUGAGGUAUUCAGGAGGUAUUCUUCCUCCUCUUUCUCCACCUCUUCCGCCUCCGCCUCCCACUCCUCCUCCUCUUUCUUCUCCUCCUCUUCCUCUUUCCUCUCCUCCUACUCCUUCUCCACCUCUUCUCCUCCGCCUCCUCCUCCUCCUCCUCCGCCUUCUCCUCCUUCUCCUCCUCUUUCUUCACUUCCUCCUCCUCUUUCCUCUCCUCCUACUCCUUCUCCAUCUCUUCCGCUUCCGCCCCCACCUCCUCCUCCUCCUCCUCCUCCUCCUCCUCCUCUUUUUCCUCUUCUUUCUCCUCUUCCUCCUCGCCCCCCUCCUUCCCUCCCCGUUCUCCUCCACCCUCCUCCUCCUUCUCCUCUUUAGUCUCAUCACAAGGUCCUGCAAAUUGUCAGACCGAUUUCAGAGAAAGAAUUUUAUAGAGUUUGAAUGGAUACUAUGUGAUUAACUUGAUUCUUCUAACAACUUUCCAAUAAUAAUCACUGACAUUUGGCAUUCCUCUGCUGUUUGUAAAGAAACUCCGAUCAAAUAUUAGGAGCGUUGAGAUUAUAACCAGAUUACACCCAGUAACAAAUGUUAGCUGACGAAUUCUGUUAUGUAGUUGUUUUGUUCAAAUGCUUGCGCUCUCCUUUACAGGCAAGCACUCGGAAACAAAGUGGCUUAACCUAGAACAUGGUAAGUGUUACAGGCUACAGUGAAGGUCUUUAUAAAAAAGAGUUUAGAAGGUGUUUAAAAAAACCUUGUUCUAAGCCAUUUUGGGUUUUUUCAUCAUCACUUUACCUACUAAAAAUAAGCAGCUUGUAAACAAUGUUUCGCGGCCGCUACUUUUCGUAAAAUGCGCUCCAAGUUAGUCUUUGCACUACCAACUGUCCUUGCAUGUUAAGGGUCCUUGCAAGUGAGCGAGUGAAAUGGUGCACCACAUAGCUAUAAAUGCACUUAUGAGGACCAAGUUAUUUCCAUUAUAUAAGAACCAGUGUUAGGCCUAACAGAUAUAGAGCUCGAAUAUGGGGCAAUGUUAGACUUGCUACAAGUCGACUUCUCAUUAGUUCUUAAAGUGAGCGAAGCGAGCUUCAAUGCAUGAGGUGGCGCAGCGACCGAGCUAGCAAUUAAGUCUGGAGGUCGACUUGUUUCCCCUGAAUGGAUUUGAAUCAUAUUAUAAAUUCACGCGGGAAAAAAAUGAUUGACAUACGCUGUAUCGGGAGCGGCGUUAAAUGUCACUCACUGUCCUAUUGGUCAAUUGUCAUGACGUCGACCAAUGAAUUUCGCGCCAAACAGGUACGAAAAGUCCUUUAAAAUGGCAUAACCAACGAGGAAAAAAGUAAAGGACUUUAAGAAAGUCUAGAGCAAUGUGUGUAUUUCCAUGAAGGUAAUGGCUACUUUCCCCGCUAUAAUUAUGUUUCUUAGGCAUAAGGAAGUACCAAACCCAUUUGGUCCAGCUAUAAACAGCUUUUGAUACCUCAUAUGUAACAAUUUUUAGGUUGUUGCGAGCGACCAGAGCAAAUCGCAAUCCUAAUCUCCAGGUUGCUGUUACGCAUGUGCGGAAUAUACUUAUCCACCAUUAUUUUGGACUUUUACUAAGUAUUACGCGCGUUUGGAGCUCCGUUCACUCCUUCACUCGUUAUUCGCCACUUUGAGGUUGCGCGGGAGACGGGCUCGAGAUGGUUUUCAACUGCAUUGUGGGACUGUUUUGGGGGACGCAUUUUCAACAUAGCGGCAAAUUUGUCCCCCUAAACAGUCCCACAAUGCGCUUUCACAACCAUCUCGACCGUUCUCCCGCGCAACCUCAAAGUGGCGAACUGAUCGCGCGCAUUUUGAACUUUUAUCACAUGAAACAUUCUUUAAGCUUAACUUUGGAGCAAUAGCGUUUGAGUCGAUCUCACUCUUACUCCCUAACCUUUGCUUAUUACUAGUAAUAGUUUUAUAGUGAGGGUUAUUAUAUUCUUUUUGUUUAUUUUGUUUAGAUGGAAUGCCUGCUGGUCGACUAGAGGUGAUGCUUUCUUAUUCAGACACGCCAGACGCCCCUGUUGCUCAUGCCCCCUUAAAGAAGCGCUCUAUUCUGAAGAGGUUCUCCUCAAAUUCAAAUCUCUAGCUCCUAAGAUAUCACGAGCACCACGAAUGUGAGUUCAUAACAAUGACACUACCUGGUCACGAUUGCUUUGGUAGCAUGAAGCACCUUCUUUUCUUGUCUAAAAAAACGCGACGGUAAAGCUUGAACCCCAACCGCUGUUUCGCGAGACUAACCGCUCACCCACCACGCAUGCACUCGUAUGGCUAGGUUGGCUUGUCGAAACUUUUGAAGGUCUGGAAGAGACAUAAUAGAACGCUUUAGAAACCUUAACGUUAUUAAACUGUUCUUAAUAGAGUUACCAUGUUGCUUUCCCAGCCCGCGACGCGGUCGAAAGAGCAGCAUGAAGCACGAGUACAUCACUAUGUGCACAACUCCUCAGCUGACUCCAGAGAGUGGCUUGGCCAAGUGGAAUUACAUCUUCCAGGUGAGACUUUAAACUUAACGUAAAGGAUCUGCGGGUGGGAAGAAUCACGCUAAAUUUGUUUCUGCUUGGAAAAAGGUACUUGGGAGGCAGACCCAUGAAUACGUAGCGUGGAAUCACAACAAAAGAGAUAGAGAAGUUAGACUGUAAGCGAAAAGCAGGCCUAGUUGCUAAUUUGAAUCUGAUGUUUCCCGCUUGCCGUAAACGUCGUUCUAUUUCACUUUCUUGGCAACGGUUGCGUCUUUUUUUCUCCCGUUAGCGGGUGAUUUUUUUCCAAUGCGUCCCUUUUUUACUCGCAUGUGUUGUCAGUGACUGUGGUUUUAGUUUUUAUUUGUCUUUCGUGUCAGUUGUAGCUGAUUCUGUAUAGCUCUUUAUUUUUCCUUACAUCCUGACGUUUUUUAUCCUUUUUAAUUUGCAAUUUAGACUGCUGGAGGCACCGCCAUUUCAAAUGAGGCUAAUUUGGUGUUUGAACUAAGAGAUGCCAAGAAAAACACCGUCGGCAAAACGAAAAUUUCAAUCCAAGAAUUCUUCAGAGGUAAGCAUGACUUGUUCCGUCACUAAGUAGAAGUACAGUGUACAGUUGUAUUAGACAAAAGCAAUAGCUCUAUAUGAAAGCAAUCAUCAUUACAAAAGAAGCCAAAUUGGCCUAGGCCGGUUACAGUCAUUAAUUGAAUGUGCUUCUUUUUCAGACGUAUUUAUCAAGAGGUCUCGUUCAAACACGGGCGGUAGCACGCAAGGUAUUUUUAAAAGCUUCUUCUUACUUUUUAUGAUUUGCAAAUGUUGAGUCUCAUGGCCUCACUGUCAAAGUCCCAAACAAGGACUGAGUUUUGGCAGAGUGAAAUACACUUAGAAGGGUGGAGAUGGAGGUCCAUGCCAUUAUUGCUACAAUAGCCCAAGAAUAAUAAAGCAAAAAGGAAAAAUCAUUGCCUCCUUUUGCUACAUAUCUUUGACGCUUUCCGAACAAAGUUUAUGAGGUAUUCAGGAGGUAUUCCUCCUCCUCUUUCUCCACCUCUUCCGCCUCCGCCUCCGCCUCCGCCUCCGCCUUCGCCUCCUCCUCCUCCUCCUCUUUCUUCUCCUCCUCUUCCUCUUUCCUCUCCGACUACUCCUUCUCCACCUCUUCUCCUCCGCCUCCUCCUCCUCCUCCGCCUUCUCCUCCUUCUCCUCCUCUUUCUUCACUUCCUCCUCCUCUUUCCUCUCCUCCUACUCCUUCUCCAUCUCUUCCAAUUCCGCCCCCACCUCCUCCUCCUCCUCCUCCUCUUUUUCCUCUUCUUUCUCCUCUUCCUCCUCGGCCCUCUCCUUCUCCUCCCCGUUCUCCUUCACCCUCCUCCUCCUCCUUCUCCUCUUUAGUCUCAUCACAAGGUCCUGCAAAUUGUCAGACCGAUUUCAGAGAAAGAAUUUUAUAGAGUUUGAAUGGAUACUAUGUGAUUAACUUGAUUCUUCUAACAACUUUCCAAUAAUAAUCACUGACAUUUGGCAUUCCUCUGCUGUUUGUAAAGAAACUCCGAUCAAAUAUUAGGAGCGUUGAGAUUAUAACCAGAUUACACCCAGUAACAAAUGUUAGCUGACGAAUUCUGUUAUGUAGUUGUUUUGUUCAAAUGCUUGCGCUCUCCUUUACAGGCAAGCACUCGGAAACAAAGUGGCUUAACCUAGAACAUGGUAAGUGUUACAGGCUACAGUGAAGGUCUUUAUAAAAAAGAGUUUAGAAGGUGUUUAAAAAAACCUUGUUCUAAGCCAUUUUGGGUUUUUUCAUCAUCACUUUACCUACUAAAAAUAAGCAGCUUGUAAACAAUGUUUCGCGGCCGCUACUUCUCGUAAAAUGCGCUCCAAGUUAGUCUUUGCACUACCAACUGUCCUUGCAUGUUAAGGGUCCUUGCAAGUGAGCGAGUGAAAUGGUGCACCACAUAGCUAUAAAUGCACUUAUGAGGACCAAGUUAUUUCCAUUAUAUAAGAACCAGUGUUAGGCCUAACAGAUAUAGAGCUCGAAUAUGGGGCAAUGUUAGACUUGCUACAAGUCGACUUCUCAUUAGUUCUUAAAGUGAGCGAAGCGAGCUUCAAUGCAUGAGGUGGCGCAGCGACCGAGCUAGCGAUUAAGUCUGGAGGUCGACUUGUUUCCCCUGAAUGGAUUUGAAUCAUAUUAUAAAUUCACGCGGGAAAAAAAUGAUUGACAUACGCUGUAUCGGGAGCGGCGUUAAAUGUCACUCACUGUCCUAUUGGUCAAUUGUCAUGACGUCNAAGGGUCCUUGCAAGUGAGCGAGCGAAAUGGUGCACCACAUAGCUAUAAAUGCACUUAUGAGGACCAAGUUAUUUCCAUUAUAUAAGAACCAGUGUUAGGCCUAACAGAUAUAGAGCUCGAAUAUGGGGCAAUGUUAGACUUGCUACAAGUCGACUUCUCAUUAGUUCUUAAAGUGAGCGAAGCGAGCUUCAAUGCAUGAGGUGGCGCAGCGACCGAGCUAGCGAUUAAGUCUGGAGGUCGACUUGUUUCCCCUGAAUGGAUUUGAAUCAUAUUAUAAAUUCACGCGGGAAAAAAAUGAUUGACAUACGCUGUAUCGGGAGCGGCGUUAAAUGUCACUCACUGUCCUAUUGGUCAAUUGUCAUGACGUCACCGGUGGAAUUUUCGACCAGUGAAUUUCGCGCCAAACAGGUACCAAAAGUCCUUUAAAAUGGCAUAACCAACGAGGAAAAAGUAAAGGACUUUAAGAAAGUCUAGAGCAAUGUGUGUAUUUCCAUGAAGGUAAUGGCUACUUUCCCCGCUAUAAUUAUGUUUCUCAGGCAUAAGGAAGUACCAAACCCAUUUGGUCCAGCUAUAAACAGCUUUUGAUACCUCAUAUGUAACAAUUUUUUUAGGUUGUUGCAAGCGACCAGAGCAAAUCGCAAUCCUAAUCUCCAGGUUGCUGUUACGCAUGUGCGGAAUAUACUUAUCCAGCAUUAUUUUGGACUUUUACUAAGUAUUACGCGCGUUUGGAGCUCCGUUCACUCCUUCACUCGUUAUUCGCCACUUUGAGGUUGCGCCGGAGACGGGCUCGAGAUGGUUUUCGAUUGCAUUGUGGGACUGUUUUGAGGGACGCAUUUUCAACAUGGCGGCAAAUUUGUCCCCCAAAACAGUCCCACAAUGCGCUUUCACAACCAUCUCGACCGUUCUUUCGCGCAACCUCAAAGUGGCGAACUGAUCACGCGCAUUUGGAACUUUUAUCACAUGAAACAUUCGCCAAGCUUAACGUUGGAGCAAUAGCGUUUGAGUCGAUCUCACUCUUACUCCUUAACCUUUGCUUAUUACUAGUAAUAGUUUUGUAAGUGAGGGUUAUUAUAUUCUUUUUGUUUAUUUUGUUUAGAUGGAAUGCCUGCUGGUCGACUAGAGGUGAUGCUUUCUUAUUCAGACACGCCAGACGCGCCUGUUGCUCAUGCCCCCUUAAAGAAGCGCUCUAUUCUGAAGAGGUUCUCCUCAAAUUCAAAUCUCUAGCUCCUAAGAUAUCACGAGCACCACGAAUGUGAGUUCAUAACAAUGACACAACCUGGUCACACACAAGGAUUGUCAAAGCACGCGUAAAGCACGUGCGUCAAUAUUGCGUUUUAUGUUCUUAUGACUGUCGUGACGUCAAAACCAAAGCAAUUACAUCUAAACAAUGACAUCUAUGAACAGCUAUAAAUCAAACAGCAAAUGCUCUUAAUGGCGGGAAAUGCAACCGCCCUGAACGCGAUCAACUGCUUGCAAAAGUUGCUAAGUGCGGUAAAAAUCUUGCAUACAAUUGCCUUUCUUGAUUAUCGAUUAUGACACAUCUCAUAGCCUAAAGCAAAGAAAACAAGUGAUUCUCUUUGUCUGCAUUUAGACAUAGCAGUGUAUUCACUAGCCUGCGUUUCCAACCGCUUCUCAUCGUUUGCCGUCGCUGGCCACCUAUUACAUGUUCUCUUUUAUCAAUGGUUUGUAGCCAAAAGGAGCCGAAUAUAUAUUUCCUGACCAACCAGUCUUACGAGUUCAGGGUUGUGUACACUCAGUGUCAAAUGACCUCUGUAAUUUAACUCAGGAAAAGUGAAAAAAAUUGGGAG